AUGACGGAUUUAUGGGAUACAGACAAAGCAAUGUCAGUUGAAGCCCCGCUGCCAGAAAAUCCAAUUGAAUAUAUUGCAAAGACAGUAUUUACUCAACUGAAUUUAAGAAUGGAUAGUCAACCGCAUCCAUGGUCAGAACAGACCAGCCAAGGAAGUACAUCCGAUGCUGAAAGCUAUUGCAGUGAAACACCACUUCUGGAGAAAGCUGAACUGACAAACACUGUUGAACACGAGCAAAAUAUGCAAGAAACGACACAAAAGCCCACAGUUGAUACCUGUACAAUCAAUGCGUUUGAUCAAAACUCUUGCUCGGUUGAUGCAGAUUUACUUGAUAUUGCAGGCUCGGCUUUGACUUUGAAUUUUACAGACGUCACUGAUAUAGUUCAAAUGGCAGUCGUUCCACCACCUCAGAUAUACGGCAGCGGUUGGGAGUUUGGAAGUAUGUGCAGUAUCAACCUGCAUUCGGUCCAAGACGGUGGGGUUCGCAGUACAUGUAACACGUUGGCAAAACACGAUGAUAUUCAGGGUCUCCAAGAACGGCUGCUAUCAAGAAUAUUUGCUGAAAAAAUAUCCAAAUCCGAGUUUGGUUCUGGUUUUAUAGGUAAGGAGUUGAAUGUCCAAUCGCUUGAAAAACUUCAAUCUAUCAGCAAAUACGACUCUCCUCAAAAGACAAGAAGUAUGAGAAAUGUGAUCAUAGUUUGCGUAAGUAAUAUGUUUUUGUACUCGACUGUUUUUGGACUAAGAAAUUUGCAAAGUAGCAUCAAUACCGAGGCCGGUGUUGGGGUUCUGUCGCUUGCUGUUUUCUUUUCAACGUUCAUGAUCGGGAGUUUUGUCACUCCGUUUAUCGUCCGAAGGUUUCCCCCAAGGACCUGUCUUUGCUGGAGUGCGUGUGCAUAUGUCUUCAAUAUUGUUGCAAACUACUACCCCAAAGUGUACACAUUAGUUCCAAGCGCUGCUCUUCAUGGAUUUGCUGCCGCUGUGUUCUUAAACGCUAUUAGCACUUACAUUACCGAGGUUGGAUUAUUUGAAGCCACAAUGAAAAGGAAGUCGCUUGAGACUUAUAUAAGUCGCUAUUUUGGCAUACUUUCUCUCAGCACCCAGUUUGCAAUGGUCGUCGGAAAUCUGGUAUCCUCCCUUAUAUUUAUGAGUGCUGUAACAAAAAUGGAACUGCAUAAACAGUUCUACAAUGGGAACCAAACCAGUGCAAGUUAUCUAGUGGACAUUUACCAAGAUGGAAACGCUACUUUCAAAACAAAUAACACUGACGUUGUGGUGGCAGUUCCAGCCACAUGUGGUAGUAGAUGCUUGAUAGAGAGUGACGUCACCGAACAUCCCGCGUUUGACAAUCGGGAUAUGCUUUUCCUUAUAGGAACGUAUACUGCAUGUGGGAUCAUUUCCAUUCUUGUUAUAUACUGUUUGUUAGACAAGGUACCAGACUUUAGCCCGAAAACGUUUACUUGCCGUGACCUUGGAAAAGGAUGCGUGGAAUAUUUCCAGAUUCUUAUUGACAGGAAAUUUGGCCUCGCCGUACCGCUGUGUCUUUAUACUGUCCUGAGCAGUGGCUUUGUCGUCGCCGACAUAUUGCAGAGCUACAUCACCUGUCCGCUCGGUGUUCAGAUGGUCGGCUAUUCCAUGAUCUGUUAUGGGGUGUGCGGGUCUCUGAGUUCUGUUGCAGUUGCCAAGGUUACACGUCUGACCGGAAGAAUGCCAAUUGUUCUCUUAGUGGUUUAGUUUACUUUAUAGUGAACCAUUCCACGGAUGUCAACUGGAACUGUUUCCGCGCCAAAUGAAAAGUGGGAUGUAACAUCUUCUUGUUAAUUAGGAGCUGCCGCCUUAAACUUGGCCUGUCUCAUCGGCAUGAUGUACUGGGAACCGACUGAGGUGGACCAGCCGUGGCUUUUGGCGUUGUUGGGUGUCUGGGGGUUCGCCGAUGGCAUAUGGCAGUCACAGACUAACAGCCUCAUUUCGACAGUCUUCGCUGACCGCUAUGAAGAGGCGUUUGGAAGUUGUAGGGUUCUGCAAGGAGUGGCUGGAAUAGCCGUUUUCCUCAUGUCUAGCUCGCUUUGUAUGACGUCCAAGAUACUCUUCAUCGUCGGCUCAUGCGUAGUCACAACAACCUGCUAUAUUGUGCUUGAAAUAGCUGAAAUGAAAUCCAUGAAACUAGCAAUGUCUACUUUACAAGUCGAAGUUAACUGAUUGAUAGUCUUAACCGAUGAUUAACUUUAAAGCAUUCUGUUUCUUUCCCAGUUUUAUUCAGUAAAGGUUUCAUUGUACCUCAUGUGUAUUAUCAUCUCAAAUAAUUAUACAUGUGAAAAUGUAGAUAUACUGCUUCUUUUUGAAGUUUGUUUUAAGUUGUUGUUUUUUAAAUAUUCAUAUUUACAAGACCUUUUGAGUCUUACAUCAGGCUUUAUGUGCCUCAUUUUAACCUCGAUGAGUUGUUCGUACAUGUAUAUUUUGUUUAUGAUUUGUCAAUGUUUUGUAUAAUGUUAUAACGAUAUCAAAUUCGACGUUCUGCUGCUUAGAAUUCGGAUCAAUCUAAUUCAUUUAUUUUAGUACUGCUUUGUACAGUGUUACAAGACGUUGAUCGAUCGUCCGAUAUUGGGGUUUCUAUAUAGUUGAAAGAAUACAGAACUGGUUUGUUCUGGAUCCAUUAAGAAUGGCAGAUGAUAUUUUAGCGUUCAGCCUUUCCUGGUUAUCAUGACAAAAACAUUUACACUUUGUUUAAAAGUUAUAGCGUCUUAAAAGACCGUUUUACCUCAAAUUAUAACCUUGACAAUUAUUUGGCCUGUAUCUCGCAAGUCAUAUCUGCACUUUAAGUGCAUAUAUUUAUGUUGUUGCUUUUUUCAUUCCACAUGACAAUGGCAAACAAACAACUAUAUGUAAAAACAAAUAUUGACAUUUUUAUGCGUGUUUUAAAUGCUCAUCAUAUCAUUGCGAACAUUUAACCAUCGAGUUAUAGCAUGCCAGAAAUAAUUACUUGUGGUUUAUGUUUAAAAACAUUAACCAUUGGUUUAUAAUCAAAGGUUUGUUGAUA